AUGGUCCCACCCCUAGUGUCCAUUCUUCCUGGAUUCCCAGCCCCAUCCUCCCAUCUUUUCCAGGACCCAGGGAUUCCUGACCUCAGCCAUCAGGACUCAGAGCUGUCACCUGAAGACCCUCACUUCCCAGGGCCUGGCAGCAGGCCCAGGCAGGGCGAGGUAACAGGUUGUGCCGGCCGGCCCAACAAUGCCGCCGCCGCCGCCGCCGCGAGUUUCUGUUUACUUCCCGGCCCGCCCCUGGGACGGGAGCCCUGGGUCCCCAGGGCCGCGCAGGAUCAGGGGUGCUGGGGGCCCCGGGCUGGAGAGGAAGGACCCACCGCACCCAGGCACAAUGACCCCGCCCCCCCCCGGGAGGUCCCCGCCCCCGCCCCCGGCACGCGGGAGCGCGCGCACCUGUCCUGCCCCACCCACCCCCCCGCCAGCUGUCGAAGCGGGGCGUCGGCGCAGAGCCAGGUGUGCCACGGUGGUCCCAGGGCCGCCGCCCCUAAGCCGCACCCGGGGGUCUUUCCGAAGCCAGAUGGCCGAAGCCCAGCCACCACCUUCCUUCCUGUCCAUGUCCCGGCUGCCCCGCGGUGCCAGGCAUCCGGCCCUGUCUGGCUAACCCUCAUCCUCCCCGCCGACAGUCCGGCCCGAACCCGGAGGGCCCCGCCCUUGGCGCCCCCAGGUUCUCACCCGCCGCCGCCGGCUGCCUCCGAGGUCCCCGCGGUCCCCAGUCCCCUCUUCCGGAGGCGGCGCCAGGUGUUCGGUCCACACAGGUGA